AUGGGUGGAUCACUAUCUAAGCUUGUAUCCGGCUGGUUGUGGACAAAGAAGGAGAUCCGGAUUCUGAUACUGGGACUUGAUAAUGCUGGCAAAACCACCCUCCUUUAUCGGUUAAAGAUCGGAGAGGUCGUUACUACAAUACCUACCAUUGGAUUCAAUGUCGAGUCAGUCACAUAUAAAAAUCUUAACUUUAACGUUUGGGAUCUUGGAGGUCAAACAUCCAUACGGCCCUACUGGAGAUGCUACUAUGCCAAUACAGCUGCUGUAAUAUUCGUUAUUGACUCAACAGACAUUGAGCGACUGGGUACAGCAUCAGACGAGCUAGCUGCGAUGCUUAACGAGGAAGAGCUACGAGAGGCCGCGCUAUUGGUCUUUGCAAACAAGCAGGAUCAGCCUGGCGCCAAAGGGGCUGGUGAGAUAUCAGAAGCUUUGAAGCUGGGAGAGCUACGAGAUCGAAACUGGAGUAUAGUGGCGUGUUCUGCCAUUGAUGGCAAGGGUAUCAACGAGGGAAUGGACUGGCUAGUGCAAACCGUACAGUCAGAAAAUGCAUGA